CACUCUAUAUUUCAAAUUUGUUAAAUGUAUACAUUAGUGACUCAAGAAAUAAAAAAAUGCAGCAUUCCCUCAAUUGUUUUAAUUACUUUUCAGUUAUACCUCAUUUAAUUUUCAUUACCCUUUUACCCCUAACUGCCCACUAACACAUGCCUUAGCUGUUUAUUCCUUUAGCUUCGCCACGUCAGUCUUUCUUCCCCACUCUCUCACGUUAUUCAGCUGUGUCCAUUUUUGAAUUUCCAAAAACUGUAAAACCGCUAUUAUUUUUCAUUUAUAUACCUGAUUGUUUCCCUUGUUUUACCGUUCUUUCCUUCAUUUGAGUUUUAUUUUCUCCAUUAAUGGUCCAAACUCGAGCUUCUGAGCUUGCUGCAAAACGUAAACCUCCUAAAAUGAGAAAGAAAACGGUGUCUAGUCAUGUCACUGCGAAAACUGCUUCGUCUAGGUCUGAAUUGAAAGGAAAUGUGUCAACGAAAACCAAACCAGUGGCUGAAACUUCGAGGAAACGAAAGGCAUCUGAGCCAGGCCAUGAUUCGAAGAAGAAAAAAGGAGAUUCAGUUGUAGAACGACAUGAACACGCAAAUGCAAAGAUGUGGCAGUUCAAAGUGAACCCUGCUGAUCGUUAUUUUUCGAAAGUGCAUACCUGUAUGAAGUAUGAAAUACUGAAGGAGUUUAAGGAAAACUUAAAUGAACGUGAGUUGGAGUUAUUUAGGGAAUCCUGUUUUGGUUUUUUACUUGAUCUUCCUGAAUUUAAAGUUCAAAACCAGAUUACACAUUGCUUGUUGUUAAGGGAAAUUGAGCAGUUGAAAAAAAAAAAAUGUGGUUUGAGGUUGGUGGUUAUAGACUUAAGUUUGGUUUAGAAGAAUUUGCUUUAAUCUCGGGUCUUAGAUGCAUUGGUGAUAGUAAUAAAUUCUCAUAUAAACUGGACUCGAAUCGUCUUUUAGAUAAGUACUUUAAGGGUUUAAAUCAGGUUAGUAAACAAACUUUAAGUGACUUUUUUAAGAGUCGGAGAUGGGACUGUGAUGAGGAUGGUUUCAAGAUUGCAUUCCUUCAUUUUUUGCAUAAUUUCCUCCUUGCUUCUCCCAUGACUGUUCGUGUUCCUUUUCUUGAUUUUGAUAUUGUUGAGUCUGACAGACGUGACGAUUAUCCGUGGGGUCUAGAUGUGUUUAAUUGUACGUUUGUGUGUUUGAGUACGAAGGCAGUUAGGGAUGUUGAUAGUCUUAGGGAUGAAAAAAAUGGUGAUAAGUGCUACUAUUAUCGUCUUAUUGGUUUUCCCUAUGCAUUUCUAUGCUGGUUUUACGAGUGCUGCCCUUCUAUCACCAAUACAUACGUUCAAGAUAUCAAUUCAAGUGCAAUCCCGCGUAUCUUGAAGUGGAAACCUCCUUUCAACCCGAAAUACGUUCAUGUCGAUAGAGAUUUAUUUGUUGAGACUAAAACUGAUGAGGUUAUAUUUCGGUCGGUCUUUCCUACUGCUGCUGAACGGAGUGCCCUUUUUUUGGGUAACUUUUUCAAGAAAAACAAGGGUAAAGCUAAGGUUUCUGAUGAUGAACAAUGCAGUGAUAAUGAGGGGUUUGAAGAAGGUUAUUGCGCGGCGUAUGAUAUUUCGAAACAUACUGAUUCCACACAAAGUGCGUUUACGGAUGCGACUGUUACUGAAAAGUUUGAAGUCUUAUUUGCCGGUCAAAAGAAGUUGGAGGGUGAGCUUGCUGAUAUUAAGCGCUUAGUCACUUCUAAAUUUUCAGAAUUGUUUGCCGUUGUUAAUUCUUUGAAGAUAGCGCCUCAUGAUCGUGGUACUAAUAAUCAGGAUGAUAAUGUUGGAGCUACAAGUAAGGAUAGAGUUUCUAAAAGUUCUUCAAAAUCCCAAGAUGAAAAUGAAGACGACGUUGAAUCUUCUGAGGCUGUAAAGGAAAGUCAUGAUAGUGGCGAAGACUCAAAAGUUGAAGAUACAGAAUCUGAUGAUAUCUUUAUUGUAAAGCUGAAAAAGAAGACGAAAAACCCGUCUGAAAAUACAGAGACAUCACAUGAUGGCGAAGAGGAGUCUAUUGAGGAUAUAUCAGUAAAAGGCGAUGUGAAUGUCGAAGAUGAAGAAAUUGAUAAUGAAGUCUUGUCUGAAGUUGAUAAAGUUUCAGCUGAUUGUGAAGCAACAAACAAGGUUGAUAAAGUUUCAGUUGACGCUGUAACAAAUGAUAAGGUUGAGAAAGGUUCAGUUGAUGCUGAAAUUAAUGAGAAGGUUGAGAAAGGUUCAGUCGACGCUGAAAUUAAUGAAAAGGUUGAGAUAUUUCCAGUUCAUGUUAAAUCAAAUGAGAAGGUUUUUUUGGAUGCUGAUAUUAUCGAAUCUGAACAUAAAGACGAGGAUGUUGGCGAGGAAACUACUGAUGUUGUUCAACCUUCUGAAUAUAAGGAUGAUUCUGAACUUAAGGAUCAGUCAAAUAUUGCUGACAUUCAAGCUGCUCCUACGUCCGGAUCUGCUCUUGAACAUGAUACAGUUGAGCAGAGUUUGAAAGAUAUUCCAUCUCGUGAGGUUCAAAGUCAGAAAACUGGAUUUUUUGAUUCUCCAACUUUUGAUCCGACUGAUGAAAUGUUGGAAGAGACGGAGCAGAGUGCUAUUAGAAUUUCUGCUGCUCUGAAGGCCAAAAAUGCUGAUUAUGUUACUGCUGCUUUUGGUAUGGUUUCUCUAAAUUCCGAUAUAGUUACACCUUGUAUUCCUAAAAGGACUAUUAAGCCUAGUUUUGUCUACAAGUCACCAUUCUUAACCGAGUUUGGUUCUUCUGAAGGUGCCGUUGCUGGGAAUCAGAUAACUAUUGUUCGUUUUUGUCCAUUUGAAGCUGGCUCUAUAUUUGUAGAUAUUAAAAAGCAACAGGAUUUCCUGCUUUGGCUUUUGAAAGGAAUUGAUAAAAGAAAAAAGAGUAAGAUUUAUAAUGAUAAGGAGGCAUUGUUGAAUCCUUCCUUCAGGUUUGGUUCUAUUUCAAUUGAUGAAAAAGUUUGGCUUCAUACCCUCUAUACUCGUGGAAAGGCUCUAUCUUCUACGCAUGUUGAUGUUAUCUUGUAUUACCUGAGGAAGAAGGUUAAAAUUGGUAAAGCCUUCCAGAAAAGUUGUACUUCAACCGACAAUUUUUUUGAUCGAAGGAUACAAGCUUUGUAUAAGUUGUAUGAACCAACAAAAGAUUCUUCUGUUAUCUCUAGCAAACAUCCAGUUUGCGAUUAUAUUAUUGGCGGUAUUAUGGAUUGCAACAUAUGCUGGUAUGAUGCCGAUGACGUCCUAUUUCCGAUAAAUUUGGAGAAUGAAUGGCAUUGGAUUUUAGGACGAUUGAACUUCAAGGACAUAUGCAUUUAUGUGUACAAUUCACUGAGAUCAGCAAAACAUGACAAUGCCGCGCUUGAAGUUCUGAAGUGUUAUAGUGAGUUGCUGCCAUUGUUUUUUGAAAUGAUUCAUUUGUAUGAGUUGCACAAAGACAUCGAUGUUAAUACUGGUCCGUAUAAGGGAAAGAAAGGAACCGAUCCUUUUGAUGUGAAAAUUGUUGAAAAUCUGCCUAUUCAAGAUGAUAAUGACUGUGGAAUCCAUAUGGUUUGUGCUGCUGAAUUUUUCAUUGAUGGAAAAGAAAUGGGUCCUGAUUUUGUUGCUAAAGAACACCGUGCUCGCUAUGCAUCCUCUUUGUAUGCGUAUGGUAAUUGGAAGGAAAAUUCUAACUUUGUCAGUGAAGAUGAAUGUCCAGUCAAGUACAAGAGGCACAUCAAAAAUUGAUUUUUUUUAUGUAGUAGACUUUUUUUAUUGUUGUGACUUUUUAUUUUGAGAUGGUACCAUGGAUACUAAUACUGUUUUUAUUGUGUUUUAUAGUUCAGUUUUUUGUGAAUGCUUGUAAGAAUGCUUGUUUUAUGGUUAAUUAAUUGUUUUUGUUCAUUUA